GAGAGAGAGAAAGAGAGAGAGAAAGGAGUCAUUUUUUUAAUUAGUAAGCUCUCUCUCUCUCUCUCUUUGUGAAUAGGUAGGUGGUAAGCUCUGCUCUGCUCACUGCUUUACUAUUUUUUUUUUUAAUUAUCAAAACCAAAGCAAUCAUCAUCACAUCCACUUCCUACCUUCCUUCCUUACUUUUUCUUCUUUGCCCCAAACAAACAAAUGUUGUGGGAUUCUUUGAGCCGUUAAGAUUUAGAUCUCGAAAGAAGAAGAAUGGGGAGUCUAUCUUCUUCUGAGGAAGACGACGACGGCUCUUCUUCCGAGAGAUGCGGUAGCUACAGUCCCAGCGCCGACAUUAGCGAGUCCGAGACAUGCAGCAACGCCGACGCUCCCUCCUCCAUUGCCUCUUCUCCCCACGCCUCACGAGGUUUUUACUUCCCCGCCCCUGUUAUGCUUCCUGUCAUCGGCGGCAAAGAUGUCCUCUGGGAUGACAACAAACCCGACUCCNUUUUUGCAGAAAUUGAGAUGAUGAAAGAGAGAUUUGCCAAGCUACUUCUCGGUGAAGACAUGUCUGGUGGCGGUAAAGGGGUUUCUACGGCUCUUGCUAUCUCCAACGCCAUCACCAACCUCUCUGCUACUGUUUUUGGCGAGCUCUGGAGGCUUGAGCCCCUUCCUCUUCCCAAGAAGGCCAUGUGGCGCAGAGAACUCGACUGGCUCCUCUGCGUUAGCGAUUCCAUCGUUGAGCUCAUUCCUUCCAUCCAGCACUUCCCUGGGGGCGGCACCUAUGAGAUCAUGGAGACUCGCCCCCGCUCUGAUCUCUACGCCAAUCUCCCUGCUCUCAAGAAGCUCGACGCCAUGUUGAUCGACAUGCUUGACUCUUUCUCCCACACCGACUUCUCCUAUACCGAUCGCGGUAUUGUUCUUGGAGACUGUGACUACGACUCUCCUGCUUCCUCCUCUGGCCGCCCUUCCGUUCGGCAGGAGGACAAGUGGUGGCUCCCUUGCCCCAAGGUUCCCCCUCACGGCUUGUCACUAGACACUAGGAAGAAACUUCAGCAGUGCCGCGACUUUGCUAACCAGAUUCUCAAGGCUGCUUUGGCUAUUAACAGCGGUGUGCUCGCCGAAAUGGAGAUACCUCUCCCUUACUUGGACUCACUCCCCAAGAGCGGGAAAGAAUGCCUUGGAGAGAUCAUCUACCACUACUUAACUGCAAACAAGUUCUCACCCGAGUGUCUCCUAGACUGUCUUGAUCUGUCAUCGGAGCAUCAGACCCUCGAAAUCGCCAACCGGAUUGAGGCGGCUGUCCACGUUUGGAGACAGAAGAGUGGGAGGAAGCACAAGAAGCAGGCAAAGCUAAAGCUGUCCUCAUGGGGUGGCAAGGUUAAAGGCCUUGUAAAUGACACCGAAAGAAAUGAUUUCCUUGUGCAGAGAGCCGAGACCCUCUUGCAGAGUCUGAGGAUCCGUUUCCCUGGUCUUCCCCAGACAACGCUGGACAUGAACAAGAUUCAGUAUAACAAGGAUGUAGGGCAAUCAAUUCUGGAGAGUUACUCGAGGGUGUUGGAGAGCAUGGCCUUCAACAUCACGGCCAGAAUAGAGGAUGUGCUUUAUGUUGAUGAUGCCACGAGAAGAUCCAUAUCGGCCACGGAAGCACCGCAGUCACUAUUCAGCAAUGCACAGAAAGGGUUCUCUGUGCAAAGCUCACCCUACGGAUCCCCAUUUGCAACGCCAUCCCUGAGUGUAGCAUCUGGGAGCCCGAGGAGAGCACCGCCGCUGUACACAGUGAAGAGGAAUGGGACGAGAGAGAAGGGAGUGUUGGGGGAAACAGAGAAAGCAUGGUCGUAUGCAGGGAAUUUGAGUUCAAGAAGAGUAACGGGAGUGACGCCGGAAAGAGAUUAAGGUUUGGAAAUAGAAGAAGAAGAAGAAUGUAAAUCGAUGGAUGAUGGUUGUAGAAUGUAGUUGUUUUGUCUAGCAGACUACGAGGAAGAGUAUGGGGUUAAUAGGCAACAACAAUGUUGAUCUUUUCUUUAUAAUGUGGAGUAUAAUAAUUAAUGCAUGGAGGAAUGUUGUGAACACUUAACAGAAGAGAGGAAACACACUAGUAAAGUAGUAAGACUGAUUCUGGUCAAGUCCUAGAGAAGAACUUGAUGCGCA